AUGUCUUUCCAGAACUUCGAAUCGUUCCAGAACCAGCACCCAGCGGCCGAUGCUGCCGCUGCUGCCCCCGGCGCACCUGCCACCGCGGAUACCAUGGCCGGCCAGGCCGACCCUACCACUGCCCAAUUUCAGGGCCCUGCCCCUGGCGAGCCAACGGCCGCUCCCGUUCAGCCCGCUCAGGAGGGAAAGACCACCCUCUGGAUGGGUGAGCUUGAGCCCUGGAUCGACGAGAACUUUGUCCGCAACCUCUGGUUCCAGAUGGGCGAGCAGGUCAAUGUUAAGAUGAUCCGUGACAAGUUCUCUGGGAGCAAUGCCGGCUACUGCUUCGUCGACUUCUCCUCUCCCGCUGCUGCCGCUAAGGCUCUGUCGUUGAACGGAACUCCCAUGCCGAACACCAACCGCCUCUUCAAGCUGAACUGGGCCACUGGUGGUGGCCUGGCUGACCGCAGCCGCGAUGACCGUGGCCCCGAGUAUUCCAUCUUCGUUGGUGAUUUGGGCCCUGAGGUCAACGAGUAUGUACUCGUGUCCCUCUUCCAGAGCCGUUUCCCGUCCUGCAAGUCUGCCAAGAUCAUGACCGACCCCAUCAGCGGCAUGUCUCGUGGCUACGGCUUCGUUCGUUUCUCUGACGAGAACGACCAGCAGCGUGCUCUGAGUGAGAUGCAGGGAGUCUACUGCGGCAACCGUCCCAUGCGUAUCUCCACCGCUACUCCCAAGAACAAGGGACCUGGUGUCGUUCCCGGCGGUAUGGGCAUGCCCGGUCCCGCGGGUAUGUACCCUCCCAUGGGUGCUCCUCCCAUGGGCUUCUACGGUGCUCCUCAGCCCAUGAACCAGUUCACUGAUCCCAACAACACAACUGUCUUUGUUGGUGGACUUUCCGGCUAUGUCACCGAGGAUGAGCUUCGGUCUUUCUUCCAGGGAUUCGGUGAGAUCACCUACGUCAAGAUCCCUCCUGGAAAGGGCUGUGGUUUCGUUCAGUUCGUGCAGCGCCACGCCGCUGAGAUGGCCAUCAACCAGAUGCAGGGUUAUCCCAUCGGCAACUCCCGUGUGCGUCUGAGCUGGGGCCGCUCUCAGAACAACUCCGGCCCUGCCGGAAGCCCUUACCGCCCUGCUCCUCCUCCGCCUCCCAUGUACCCUUCUAUGGGCAUGCCCCCUGCCCACCAGUAUGGCGGCUUUGCGCCUAUGAAGGUUGGUGACCCUGAAGCUACUGCAUGA